AUGCAGCGACUGGACGAAGACGCGGAGACAUGUCGCAACAGUGAAUCACUUCUUCACGUUAUUUGUGCAUUUGGAGCAAAGUUUCUUGCUCUCAACUAUACCUCCCAGUUAUCUUGCGAUGCCAUUCUGUCGGCUGGGAAUCAGUGGGCCAAAACGGCGAAAGCGCGCAUAUUUGUGGACCUGGAUGAUCUGUCUAUGGAAAAGUUGAUGACCGCAAUUCUGCUCUAUGAUCAUGACCUUCGAAUUGGAAGUUAUGCUAGUGCGUUCAUGUUGAGCGGCAUGACCGCAAGAAUGUCCCAAGCAUUGCAAUUGAACCUGGAGAACUCUGCCGAUGUACUUUGUACCAAAGCAGAAUCAUCCCCACUCGACAACGAAGCCAGACGAAGGUCAAUGUGGAGUUGUUAUGUAAUGGACAGCUGGGUUGGUAGUGGUGUCAAUCAGCUUACACUGCUGGAAGAUAAGGAUCUCAAGAUUCAGCUUCCCUGCUACGGCCACAACUUCUCCUUGGGUAUUCCCUGCAUUACAGAGACCUUGGAUGAAGGAAAGGUUUUGGGGUUCGUGUCAAGAGACGAUAUCCCGCCAUUUCCUGCUCAAAACAUGGGAAUAGAAGCCUACUUCAUCCGUCUUGUGAGUAGCAGGAAGAAAGUCCUUCGUUACGUCAAGCAGCUCGACAAUUCAAAACCGCCCUGGCAGCCAGAUUCCGAAUUUCUUCAGUUGGCUAUGGAAUUUGAUCAUUGGAAACAUUCUCUUCCCCAAAGUUUACUAUGGAACCCCGGUUCGAUUUAUGCUCGCAAAGAAUCAUCUCAGCUUGGUGCUUUGACACUGCUCUGGUGCACGUAUCACCAGACACUAGUCGACCUUUACCGUAUCGGAAUGCCAGUCUUGUUUCGCAUCCAGAGAAACAUCGACUUCCCGCCAGAUCAGCAAGAGUUUCUUGAUAAUUGUCGCAGAGCAUGCUUUGAAAAUGCUAGCGAGGUAUCAAGCAUCAUUUCAGAGGCAUUGAGACAUGGAAUAAAGGUUCUGGCAGAUACCUGGCUAUGCAUCAUCGCCCAUGAUAGCACGAAGGUCAUGCUCUACUUUUUGAAGUUGAAUCGGCAAUCAAAAAAUAGCCUAAGUCAGAAUGAAGUAGACGCGACAGUUGCUUUGGUGCAAAGAAACCUUGAAGCCCUCCUUCAGAUGAGAUCACUGGUUGCUACAGCCGAACAUUGUUACCUCUCCGUCAUUAAGGUUAUGGCAGCCGCAGGUAUUCAACCUCAGAUACCCUAUGGCACAGCAGUUAACGUGAGGGCGUCUCACGACAGUGGAGAAAUGGCCUCUGCCCCAGGAUCCCCGGUUCAAGAAUCCCCCGAAAAUGUGCUCAACCCGCUUGCGAUUUACCGCAUGGCCCGCACCGCACUUCAUGAAAAGGACCAAAUAUCCGCGUCUAAUUCUCCCUCAACAAAUAAUCCGACUUCUCCCGCGACAGAACGUGCUAGAGCCCUGGCGGUUGCGGCCACUCCACAAAACCAUCACCAAGACCAGCAACAUCUCAGCACGUCUUUCCAGGCUCCAAAUGAGCUUCCUGAAAUGAAUCAUGGCUAUCUUGCUCCAAACAAUGCCAGAGAAGAUUCUUUCAUUGCAAUGAGUGGUCUGAUGCCGAUUGCAGCUUCGGGCUUUGGUGGCUCGUGGGACCCGGCAGAUCUGGCAGUCAUGGAUUUGUUGGACGGUGGAAUCGCCCCGUGGACACAGGAAUAUCUCACCGAUGGUCAAUCCGGGGUCGACCCAUUCUUGUUCCCAUUCUAA